GGAUAUGGAAGUGUAAAUGUAAAAGUUCAUGUCGGUCCGGUGUCUGGACCUUUCCAGUAACAACAGAAAUGGGAGUUACAGUCCAACAAAUAACCCCUGGGAAUGGUCAGACAUAUCCAAAGAAAGGACAAGUAGUAGUUGUCCAUUACACAGGGACAUUAGAGAAUGGACAAAAGUUUGAUUCCUCGCGAGACAGGGGGCAGCCAUUCAAAUUUAGGAUUGGUCACCAGGAAGUCAUCCGAGGCUGGGAUGAAGGUGUCGCUAAAGUAAGCCUAUCGGAAAAGCGAGCUAUUCUGACCUGUAGUCCAGACUAUGGAUAUGGAAGCAUAGGAUACCCAGGUGUAUAUCCUUUAAACGUUA